AAUAUCUAUGUCUAUUGUUCAAGAGAAGGCUUGCCUGAUUCGCAACGUAACCCUAAACCUUCUCCUCAAAGAAAGCGACCUUCUAAACGCUGUGACUGUCGUUGGCGUGUUGUGCUUUCCGAAAACGAACAUGAGGAAUGGGAGUUUCGAAAGUCCAUGAAUCCUAAUGCCUCUGAACAUAAUCAUGAAAUGAUGUCACCUGAAGAAAUGGUCAAAGCUUGGCCUAUUGAAGUCAAUGAGAUGAUUAUUCAAUUGGCCAGACAGCGUCUCCAGACACAUGAAAUCAGAGAAGCCGUCAAGCAACAAUUUCCUGAAAUUAGCUGGAACGAAAGAAGAUUUUACAACAGAUUAACUGAAGAGCGUAAACGUAUUCGACAACGAGGUGUAGUUGAACGUUCUCAAAGGCUCUUGAUGCUCUCUGCUCGCUUGUGUUCUGUUAUUGCCUCCAAUGAAGAAUGGGCUCACUGUGUCGAAAGUGAUUUGCAACGCAUGUUUGAAAACUUUUGUCAGUUAGCAAGACUCACGCCCGAGAAUAUCAAUACGCUGGUAGACCUACAAGCAGACAUGAUUCAAAUAGACACAGACAGGCUGAUUUCAAACACGCAUCGAUUGUCCAUCGAAGAUGAAUUUAUGGGCUCUCCCGCCAAAAAGAGAAGAUCAUUUGCUAAAGGCAAUAAUGACACUUUGGUCAUACAGAAAUCUCCAAGCACCAGUGGUAACACAACAGAUACACAAAAGGGCAUUCAAAUGGUUUAUGUACCUAGUUACACUAUUCAAGUUAGAUCUUCAUUAAACAGAUCUCUAUCUGAAUCAUCCAACCAUUCUUCUUCCAGACGUGUAUUUAAUAACAAUGAAUUUGAAAAUCAACCCUUUGCUUCUUCUUCUUCCUUCUUUUCUCUGGCUUCUCCUACAAGUUCUUCAUCAAGCUCUUCUUCCAUGCCUUUAUUAAGACAACAACAGCAACAACAGCAACAACAGCAUGGCAUGGGAAGACCUGUUAGUUCUCCCAUGAACUCACCUAGUGAAUUCAUCAUGUCUCAAACCUAUCAAACACCACAACCUCAGAAUGAGGAUUAUACAAGUACAUCCAAUGGAAACUACCCCUUUUCACCUUAUACGAUUCCAACCAGUGCAUUCACCAGUCCACCCGAACUACCCUUUGCAUUUGAACCUACCAUGAUGCGUAAUAAUGAAGCCGAAUCUUCCAAUACAGCAGCAGCAGCAGCAGCGGCGGCGGCGGCAGAGGAUCGACGUGUGUUUGGGUUCUUUCCUAAUACUGUCAAGGAAGAACCUAGCCAUGUUGAACAGCAACACAUGUUACAGCGUCAACAACAAGAAUAUGAACAACGUAUGCAUCGUAGCUUUACUCAAGGUACAGGUACUGCUGCUAAUUAUGUCUUGCCCAUGAUUCGAUCUAAUCAAGACCCUGAUGAAUCUGCUCACUGGACUUAAUUUAUGCCCUUUCUUCUUUUUUUUUUUUUUAAAUGAUUAUUAUUAUUACUUUCUUUUUUUAUGAUUCUAUGAUUUAUGGCCUUUCCUUACUUUUAUGUUUAUGACACAAUCUCUCUCUCUCUCUUUUUUAUAAUAAAUAAUUUUCGUUUUCUUUUUAAUAUUUAAAAAAAAAAAUGUAUCAAAGACAUAAUUCCGAAAGCUUCACGUAUUUGAUAUUUAAAAGCAACCGGACUCAAAGUGUCUGACUUUAGUCGGGGAGGUAUUUUAAAAAAAAAAAAUCAAAAUUAAAAUAACGAGUCUCUCUUCAAAGUGGUGAAACUCCGUAGACUCAAGUUAUCUCCUCCAUAACGUUGUAACUUUGGACAACGCCUGCAAAAGGAGUUUAAACAUCGUUUCUAUGACACCGAGUUGUGGUGGAGGUUAAAGUGAAGACUUAUUAACAAAAAGAGAACCUACUUCUUUUUUUUUUUUUUUUUUUUUU